GAAGGGGGUGAGGAGAGUUGAAUGAUUGAACUUUCUUGUUUAGUUUCUGCGGCGCGGAGCCGUCUGCCCCCAGUACAGCCCAGCACCCGCCCGGCGAACAGCAGCUCAGCCCGCAGCGCCCGGCCGCCUUUCUGCCCUCUCCUCCCGCGGAGCGAUGGUGCGGAGGGCGCCCGGGGCGUCCCUCGCCCUGCUCCUCUGGGUGACGGCCGUCAGCGGCAGCCCCGCCAGCCCGGGUGCCGCCGCUGCCCGCAGGCAGGACGAGGCGUUCUCCGCCGCCAGAUGCGCCUCCAGGUGCCUAAGCCUGCAGAUCACCCGCAUCUCCGCCUUCUUCAAGCAUUUCCAGAACAAUGGAUCACUUGCUUGGUGUCAGAAUCACAAACAGUGUUCAAAGUGCCUGGAGCCCUGCAAAGAAUCCUGGGACUUGAAGAAAAACCAUUGCCAAAGCUUCUGUGAGCCUCUUUUCCCCAAGAAGAAUUAUGAAUGCCUAACUAGCUGUGAAUUCCUUAAAUACAUCCUGUCAGUGAAGCAAGGGGACUGCCCAGCACCUGAAAAGGCCAGUGGUUUUGCAGCUGCCUGCGUUGAAAGCUGUGAAGCUGAUAGUGAAUGUUCUGGAGUGAAGAAAUGCUGUUCCAAUGGAUGUGGUCACACAUGCCAAGUUCCCAAGAACCUGUACAAAGGUGUUCCAUUGAAACCCCGGAAAGAGUUAAAAUUCAUAGAACUCCAGUCUGGAGACCUGGAGGUGAAGUGGUCUUCAAAAUUCAAUAUUUCCAUUGAGCCUGUGAUUUAUGUUGUUCAGAGGAGGUGGAAUCAAGGAAUCCAUCCUAGCGAGGAUGAUGCUACUAACUGGCAAACUGUAGCACAGACAACAGAUGAGCGGGUUCAGCUGUCAGACAUCAGAGCAAGCAGGUGGUACCAGUUCCGUGUGGCAGCUGUGAACGUGCAUGGGACAAGGGGCUUCACGGCACCCAGCAAGCACUUCCGCUCCUCUAAAGAUCCAUCUGCUCCACCAGCUCCAUCUAAUAUCAGAAUUGCCAAUAUCAGUGCAAACAAUGAUGGAACUGUUAAUGUAAUGAUUACUUGGGAUCUUCCAGAAGAGCCUGAUAUUCCAGUGCACCACUACAAAGUUUUCUGGAGCUGGACUUAUAGCAAAUACGUGAUCCCAGCUAAAAAAAAGAGAAGGAAGAUUACUGAUGGGCCCCAAAAUUAUGUGGUCCUGGAGGGACUCCAGCCCAACAGCAACUACAAUGUAGAACUACAGGCAGUAACACGCUGGGGUCAGAUACGCCUUAAAAGUGCUAAGGUUUCUCUUCAUUUUAGCACAACACAGGACAGCAGGAAUAAUAAUGAGCAGACAUCUUCUGGGAAACCUCCAAAAGGACUGGUAGAUCCUUACCCAACUUUUCAAAGAAGAAAACCCACUCGUUUUCUUAAAAUUGGAACUCCUUUCUAUCAGGACAAUCAACUUCAGGUUAAAGUCUACUGGAAGAAGACAGGUAUCAGCAUGAAUCAAUUCCAAGUCCAUUCAUUACUGGAAUCCUGUGCACACAAUGACACCAAGGGACUUGAGAAAGUAACUGAGCUGACUUACGAAAACUACAUGAUUCUGAAGGACCUGUCAUUUUCAUGCAGAUAUAAAGUAACUGUUUUACCUGCAAAAUCUAAAAGUCGUUUUAAGGCUGAGAGUAUUUUCUUUGUCACCCCACCUUGCACUGCAUUUAAAGAAAAAACCCAUAAGCACAUUAACUGUGCUGCUGAAGAAGUGCCAGUUCUACCCAAAGUGUUGGCCAAACCCGAGAAUCUAUCUGCGUCUUUCAUUGUUCAGGAAGGUAACAUCACCGGUCAUUUUUCCUGGAAGAUAUCUAAGACAGUCCUUCACCAGCCUAUGACAGGAUUUCAAGUCACAUGGGCAGAAGUAACCACAGAAAGCCGGCAAAAUAGCUUGCCCAAUAGCAUCAUUUCACAGUCACAGAUACUGCCAGCAGAUCAUUAUGUACUCACCGUGCCCAAUCUCAGGCCAUCAAUGCUAUACCGACUGGAAGUUCAAGUAUUGACAACUGGUGGGGAAGGACCAGCUACUAUAAGAUUGUUCCGAACACCUGAUCUUCCUCCAUUUUUACCCCACAGACCUCAUCUGAAACAACAUCAUCCUCACCACUACAAGCCACCCCCAGAAAAGUAUUAAACUGUUUAAGAUGAUUAUACAAAUAACUGAGAGAAAAACUGAGCUCCCAAAUGGAGGCUAGAAAAAGGCACAUCUAUAGAAGCAAAGAAUCCAGUUUUCCAGUGGAAGUUACCAUGCUGUACAAUCUGUUUCUACUCUUGUGUAGUUUAGUCAUGAAGAAUUUUAUUUCUACCAAGGCCAGGAUGAAGCAUCCAAGAAGUACCAUUUCAGUACCACCAUUAUUCAACAAAUUGAAGAAUGCAUUAAACUCAACAUGUUGGAGAAAAUCAAAUGUGUUGAUUAUGUUUUUGUAUUUUGUGUUUAAAGUAGAUUGGAACAGUGAAGUGUGUACAGUUAUUUCUCUUAGUGGCUUCAAUGUUAUUAUGUGAGAGGUUUUCCUGUGAUGUACACAUACUUUUGAACACUUAGAGGCCAUGUUGUCGUCAAUAUGUUUAAAUGAUGUAUUUUACUUAAAGCUCUGCCUUUCAACAGUUUAAACCCUAGUGUAUUUUGCUCUUGAAGAAAAUACCUAUUUGUCUGAAAUAAACGUAUAAGUAAACUAGGUACCAGAACCAGAAUCCCUUAAAUAAGCAAGAUUUAAUAACUGCAGCAUCACUGCAGUAGAGAAUGAUGGUACAUGUGCAUAAUCAACCAUCUCUUCUGAAGUAACAUUUCUGCAUGUAGAUCUUAUAUUAAUAGAGUUAACGGUCAUGUAAAAUGUUGAUACUCCAUUCACUGUAAAGAAGUAAAUGACAGUUAAUACAAUUGUUUUCAAUUAAUGAUGAUUAACACAAUUUAUUUAUAGAUCCUAGAAAAAUUAUCUCUACGAUGUUGGUUGUUAUCUUGAAAAGAAAUUCUAAUUUUUUAUCUAAAACUUGAACAGUUAACAUUUUAAAAAUGAAAAUUAUGAGGCACAUUUAUUAUUCAAGUAGUUGUAGAGCUACUUCUUAGCUUCUCUGUCUUUUGAUGCACAAAUCUCUAUUCCCCAUGGAUCUUUUGAACAGAAAGAAGGAUGUAUUGGCUCCAUGAAGAAGAAAUACAUGUCUGAAAAAUGAGGAUAACAAUUACGCUUCUUACAGUAGAGCCUUCAAAAAACAAUCAUACAUAGUUUGUCAAUACCGUAAUGUAUAAUUUUGGGUGCAUAUGGGGUAAUACCACAGGGAGAGAAAGAAACUGAAUUAAUUUCUGACAGUUUUUUCAUUCCAGUUUUUCUGCAUUUCUGUAUUUGCUAUUGAAGUACUCUUUUUUCCUUGUUCUCUUUCUAUUUUCCCUGAUGUCUUUUUUAAUAUGCAAUGAAUGACCAAGAACUUUUCCAGAUAAUUUCUAUUGCUACAUCCUUUGGGAAUUUGACAGUUGAUUCAAAAAUAUUAAAUGCUGAGUUGCUUUUAUUUGCUUCCUCUGCCACUCUGUCACCUCCUUUCUUUCAAAAUAUAUUAACAAGUUAACAGAUAAAUUCUUAAUCAAAUCUGUAGGGUAGUAGGUUUGUUUUCAAUUUUGAAAGAAAGCCAAUGUCUCAGAUUUUUUGAGGGGUAAAAAUGUUUGAUGUGUACUGUUCAAAGAAAAAAAAAAUAAAUUGAACUUGUGUGCAGCAUUGCUUUGACAUUUAAGUUGUGCAGGGCGUAAAGUAUGGAUAGAAGGGAUAUCUGUGAUGUUAACUGAGAAUAGUUUUAAGUGGGAUCAGGGUAAUACUUUGGACUUCUUUGAAAACCUUUGUCGAAAUCUUUACAUCGGAAUCUAUUCCAGUUAUGCUGGAGUCAUUCUGUAGUGAUUUGAUUAAUGUUAAUGAAAUUAUGUUGUAUUGAUAGUAUAAUGUUGCAUGGAUGUUGGUUUUUAUUACAAUGAUGCUAAACCUGGCUUGGAGAUAAAGUGGAAUUAGCAGCUCUGAGUGAUCACGUCCUUAGUCUUAAUUGCUGAAUGGCAGCCUUGUUCUUCUGAGAGGAAUCAGAAUUGUUAGUGUUUGCUGAUGUCUGUUUCUUUGAAACAUUCAACUUUUAAAAGAAGUAACAUACUUUUAAAAGAAUAUGGAGGCUGUUUCCAUUAAAAAAAAACAACUCAGUUGAUAAAGUAGAAUUGGUUUAAGAGUUAUACAAGAUUCAAUGAGAAGUAAAUUUAUUUUUUCUUCAACAAAUUAAUUUAUCAACUCACCUUUCAAGUGAUCCUCCAAAUAAAAAAUAAAAAAUCAGUGAGGCUCAUGCAUAGAUGCUAAAUUCACAGCAAUGAGUGCUUUCCUAAUUAUUCUUUGAAUUUAGCAGUGCUGAUUUAAAAUUGCUAGUGCCUAAUUCAUAAAGCCUUGUUUGCUGAAUUGUACAGGUUAUUGUCCUAACUUACAUUAGAUCACAUUAAACAUUUAAUUCAGUAAUAGACUUGUAAUUCACUGCUUCAUUCAUUAGUCAAAGAUUUAUUUUCUCUAAUGAUGUUGUAUAAUACAGAUAUUGGGAUGCUUUUAGGUACUCUGCAUCUUUACACUAACAUAUUGUUUCUUAUGUACGAUUCCAGUGAAUCCAAUGGAUUUGUCCAUUGGCUUCGUGAUGCAUUUUGUUUAUCCGUAUUUCUGAAAGAAUUAUUGUAUGCCAUUUUUGCUAUCUGCUUUGUGACUUUUUAUUUGUUCACUGGGGAUUUUUGUUUGAGAAGACAACAGUAUGUUCUGAUUAUAUCUUUUUAGUUGUUUAUAGAGGAGAGGAAAAUCAAGUGAGGCAGAACUUGUGCUGUACUACUAUGUGUAAGAUCUUGAGUGUUCAUUAAGAAUUCUGCACGUGAAGAAUAAAUAAGAGGUCUGACUUCUGAAAUGUUUGGCAUCUUCAACUUAGUGGCUUCAGAAAGAGCUGAGGUGUGGCAGUGCUAACAUUGACAUUAAUGUUUGGCACAGUCACAAACAAAAUCAAAGAAAUAGUCUUUGCUAACGUGAAUGGGAAUGUUAUCAUUUAUAUUAGCAGAAACGUAUAGAAACCUAAAUACUGAAUAAAUCUCUUUGACAAUAAUUUCAUCCCUGUACUUCCUACAGAAGUCAUGCAGUUUCAGAUAAGCAGGCCCUGAUUCAGGGAGGUGCACAGAAAAGAAAACUUUGAUAUGCACAGAAGUCAGUGGGUCAGAAGUAUACUGCAACAUCAUAGAAAUUUUUAUUUUUGUGUGUAUAUGUAAAUGUAGUUGUGAUAUUAACUUAUUUAUUAAUUCAUUUUCUUAUGCUAUGUGCCAGGUAUAUUCCUACCCUUUUGAUCAGUAUCUGUGAACAUCAAUGACUAAAAAUAUUGUUAUGCAAACUUGUGCAUUGUAACCAGGAAUAUGAUGCUAAUAAGCUGUUGCAUGUAGUUUUAAAUAAUUAAGAAAACCCUUUAUUUAAAAAAUUGUAAAUGAAUACCUGCAGAUGUUAAUGAUUAUAUAUGGUUUUGCAUGCCAAAACUCAUUGUUCAGUUGUGGGCAUGAAAUGUAACGACUGUAUUACCUCUACUGAAUAUAUUACUAAGGUACAAUUUACAAAGUUAUUAACAGAGCUCUAUAUGUAAAAUUUUUUCCUUUUUACUUAAUUAUAUUUUAGUAGAGGUAACAGAACUGUUCAUCUGUUACCCAAAUUGGCUGUAGAAAUUACGUUCCUAUAACAGUCAUUUAUAGUCAGUAUUUAUUUAUGUAUGUAAUACAAAACAAUGGGUCUUAUGAGUCUGUCCUUUUAUUUAGAGAAAGAAAAAUGCUUCUUGUAAAAACAAUUUGUAAAAAAAAAGAAAAAAAGAAAAAAAAGAAAAGAAAAUUAAAUGUAAAUAGAGUCUGAUUUCUUUCAUGCAUUAUUUUCAUGUUUAGAGUUUGUACAUACUGUUUAGUUAAUAAACUAUCCUACACUGAA